AUGCAAUUAAUUUUGAUUAUUACAAUUGUUGUACUCAGUUCUGGUUGUGUAUUGACGUAUAACAAAACACGUGAUCAGCAAUGGAGUUUAUGGAAAGAUACACACAAGAAAAACUAUUCUACUGCUGAAGAAUCUGUUCGUCGUGCUGUGUGGGAAAAUAAUACGGAGAUGAUCGAAGAACACAAUCUUCAAGCUGACCUCGGUAUUUAUACGUAUUGGCUUGGAAUGAAUCAAUAUGGAGAUUUAACCGUCAAUGAAUUUGUACAAAAAUAUACUGGUUUGAUAGGAAACAUGGAAACCAAAUACAAUCAAGUUCGUCAAGUAUUUGUAUCUAAUUCGACUGUUAGUUUGCCAGACUCUGUUGACUGGCGUAACCAGAAUGUUGUUGAAGCAGUCAAAGAUCAAGGUGGGUGCGGAGCAUGUUGGGCUUUCUCAGCAGUUGGCUCAAUUGAAAGUGCAUAUGCUAUUAAAACUGGCACGCUUGUUUCUCUUUCCGAACAACAAUUAGUUGAUUGUUCUGGUGGACAAAGAAAUUAUGGCUGUGGCGGUGGUACGAUGGAUCAUGCCUUUGUAUAUGUCAUCACUGCAAGCGGCAUCGAGACAGAAAGUUCAUAUCCAUAUACAGCGGUUGACCAGACAUGUGUGUUCAAUCCAACAGAGACUACUGUCCAAGUCUGUGAUUUCGUUGAUAUAGCAUCAGGAGACGAAGUAGCUCUCCAACAAGCCGUUGCUACUAUUGGACCAAUAUCAGUUGCGAUUGAUGCUGGUCGUUCCUCAUUUCAGUUCUAUCAAUCCGGUGUCUACAAUGAACCAACUUGCUUACAACGCAUAUUUGAACUUGAUCAUGCUGUUCUGCUUAUUGGUUAUGGCACAGACGGAAACCAUGACUAUUGGCUGGUAAAAAACAGUUGGAGUACAGAUUGGGGUGACCAAGGUUAUAUGAAAAUGACACGAAAUCAAAAUAAUCAAUGUGGUAUCGCAACGGCAGCUAGCUAUCCGAUUAUUUGCUCCACAAAUACGCAACCAGUACAGCAGAUGACAUCGGAUGCUUUCUAUAUGAUAUCUAAUAUGUGGCUGGUGAUCGGUAUCUAUUGCUUUGUAAAGACAUGUUACGACUUGUAA